ACUCACCCACUGCCAUCUUACCGUUGUCCUUAAGGGAUGUUGUAAUGGUGGCGUGAGACCAGGGUCAGUAUCAAGUGCUAAUUCUACUUUUUAAGUUGAAAAUAAUAAGAUUUUGUUUGAAAUACAUCAGUGGUAAGUGUUAUCCGUUUGGAUCCUUUUCUUAAUAGAGUGUUGCUGAUGAAGUUGAAAACAUUUUGUGCAAUGCAGGUUCAGCUUCACAUUAUGUGCACAGCUUUUGACUCUUUCGUAAACAAGUUGAUAUAUUGAACGCCUCUACGGAGGGUGUGGAAGAAUGCGUCUGUAUACAAAACCUCCACUAGCAGAUCUCUCCUCUGACUCGCUGUGUGCUUUUACGAGGACUUCAGCAAACGCACACCAGCCGUGUUCCAGACAUGUCUCUUAUCAUUUGGACCAAAGGAGGAACAUUCUCAUGAAACCAACGACCAUGGACCCAACGACGCUUGUAUCUGUGGCAACACUGUGGUCCGAAAACAGCAGUGUGUCCGUGACGUCCGGCCCAUCAGAGUCUCCAAACUCUACAGAAUGGGAACUCGUCUACUCCGUCAUUCCCCCGUACAUCUUCACCGUAUCCCUCUCAGGCCUUCUCCUCAACAGCUUUGUCCUCGCGGUGUUCUUUGCUCACGCGGAUCGACUGACAGUGGCGGAAGUCUACUUGAGCAACCUGGCGCUCGCUGACUUUAUCCUCCUGUGCGGCCUCCCCUUCUGGGCGAUGAACAUCCUCAAUGGCUUUAACUGGCCGUACGGAGGUGCCCUGUGCAAACUGGUCAACUCCAUCAUCAUCAUCAAUUUCUACACCAGCAUCUUCACCCUGGUCAUGAUCAGUGUUGACCGCUACCUGGCGCUUGUGAAGACCAUGAAGGCCCGGUGGAUGAGACGGACACUCUUUGCAAAGGUGAUCUGCUCCAUCCUGUGGGUAUUGGCGGCCGUACUGAGCUUGCCAACAAUGGUUCACAGAGAGGUGAAGUUCAUCGAGGAGUUGGAGACAAUGUCCUGUGUGCUGGAUUAUGGUCAUGACAUCUCUUGGAAGUUGGCCCAUCACAUCCUGGUGAAUGUGGUGGGCUUUCUACUCCCUGUGCUGGUGAUAGUCUUCAGCAGCGGAAACAUAAUUAAGGUUUUGGCUCGGAGAAGGGAGAGCGUUGCUUUACGUGGCACUGAUGACACAAAGGCCACAGCGCUGGUGUACGCUGUCACCAUAUUGUUCUUACUGUGUUGGGGUCCCUUCCAGGUCUUCACUUUCCUCGACACACUCUGUGACGUCCAAGUGCUGGACGAGAAGCUUUGGUUCCACACUCUCGACAUAGGAGGCCAGGUGUCAGCGUACCUGGCCUUCCUCAACAGUGCCCUGAACCCUCUGCUGUACGUCUUGUCAGGGCAGUACUUUAGGAGGAAAGUCAGUGCCAUCUACAUGAGAACUAGACAUCAUCGCAGAGGAUCAGAUAUGAACACAUUUCAACGAUCUGUUGUGUCCACUUACGUUAACAGAACAGAGCAAAUUAAGGCUGUGGUCAUUUUUAAUGCAAAAGAUAGCACGUGACUCUUAGUGACAUCCACCACUUCAAUUGCUGCUUAUGGAAGAAAAUAAUGUAAUAUACAGGAAAUGGGUUCAACGUUGUUAUUCCAUUAGACUUAAUGCAAUAAUAAUGCAGUUUUAUGGUUAA